UGCUCUGGCUCAUCCAUGAACGAUUCCGGAAUGCUUCAAAAUUCUGCAGUCAUCUGGUGCAAAAAAAUCACGUACGGGAAUGUUUUGUCGGCAGCUGUACGAACGGUAGGCGCCGCUUAUUCAUCGUCCAUAUAUGAUCAUAUCAUUCGUGCAUGUUUAUGCUUGUUCGGAGUUAUUCCUCUUGUUCGGGAAAUAACUAAUGCGAAUACGAUAUUUUCCAAUAUAAUGGCGAUGAUUUGGUACAAAAUGGUGAUUGCCAGCACUAUUCUCACCAUCUUCCUGCAAGCGGUAGCAGUAUAUGCUCUGGAUUGCUACGUGUGUCAGGUAGUCCUCCAAAGCGGGGAGGAUUGUAGCGUUGUCAGAAACACAAUGCUGCGGAAAUGCCAACUGAACGAGGAUAUCUGUACAACGACUUCCGUAACCUUACCUGGAGAGCGAAUUCCAACCAUUAGUCGUCAGUGCGGAAAGAGUGUAGAGAUGCCGACCACUCAAAACGGCCAGCCGCUGAUUAACACCUUCAACACCGGUCAUCAGGAGAGCUGCACAGCGUAUAACGAGGGAGCCCGCAUGUCCAGACUGUGCCAGUGCAACUGGAAUGGUUGCAAUGGUAAAAGCAUGCAGGAGCUGGGUUACGGAUCAGGUGCCGGAAGUGUGCAGCCGUACCUUGGGUGUAUUCUUGUUGCUCUGGCUUUGUUUUUUUCCAGGCUCAUGUAAUUAAUAUAUGAAAGGUGUGAUUUUUUCAAGUGCUUUUAUUGCCAGAAGUGUUUAUGUGUACCGGGCAUGCUGAAUAUGCAUUAUUCGUGUUACUAGCGUUGUGAAUUUGUGAAACUUGUUGAACUUGUUACCGGCUGUCAUUAUUCGGUAUUUAACCGUGUUAUUACUAACUGCGCAUAAUGCAUUUUAAAUUAUAUUCCAAAAAUUAUGUUAAUUGUAGUAGCGCUAUUCGUAAACCAUUCUUAUAGUAUA